AAAAAAAAAAAAAAAAAAAUUGCUUCGAGGAAGAAAGAAGAGGGAAAAGAAGAGAAGAAAGCAGAGGAGCAAUGGAAACCUCGGGGCAGUGGUUGGAGACUACGUUGGUGGAGCUAUCCACGAAGAUUAAGACGGGUUUCACAUGGGAUGCUGAUGUCAUAACCGGGCUUGUAGACUAUUGCGAGAUGGCUUCUCCUCUUGAUGCCAAAGAGUAUCUUGAUAAUAUCAUAGGCAAAGAGGCUGGCGAACAUGUGAUUCCAGAGUAUUUGAAGCGGAGAGGGCACUCUAAUUUACAAAGCACUUCACAAGCUACUUCUUCAACUUCAACACUACAAGCAUAUGUGAAACCACCUUCCAAUGAUGGUCCAUCUGUCGGAGCUAAAAAACAACAAAAAGCAUCGAAAGAUGCUGCAGCCCCCCUUAAUCAGGGAAAUCACUCCCAACCUGGGACAUCAGAGUCAAAACUUGCAAACAAAGGUAACCAAGGGAAUUCGAGGAAGAAAAAGUCUGGGAAAGUUGUAUCGCUGGCAGAGGCUUCAAAAGGAUCGAUUGUAUUUCAGCAGGGAAAGCCAUGUUCUUGCCAGGCUAGACAGCAUAGGCUGAUUAGCAAUUGUUUAUCUUGUGGGAAAAUAGUUUGUGAACAAGAAGGUGAAGGACCUUGCAAUUUUUGUGGGGCCCUUGUACUGAGGGAAGGGAGCUCCUAUGCUGGUCUGCAAGAAGGUGUAGUUCCCCUAACCGAGGCUGAGGCUGUUGCUGAAGCUUAUGCAAAGAGGCUUGUUGAUUAUGACCGCAACUCUGCUGCACGUACAACAGUUAUAGAUGACCAAAGUGACUACUAUGAGAUUGAGAACAACACUUGGCUCUCUAAGGAGGAGAAGGAAUUAUUAAUGAAGAAAAGAGAAGAAAUAGAGGAGGCGGAACGUGCUAAGCGAAAUAAAGUAGUUAUUUCAUUUGACCUUGUUGGGCGGAAGGUUAGUAUCUCUGAGUCUUAACUUCGUUUCUGCUUUCAGGUUAUCUUCCAAGUGCUGAAAACAUUAAAUUUGUUUUUGUUCCUAGUUUGCAGAUUAGAUUUUAUGCAGUUACAAAAAUUCUUUUGGGAUAAAUAUGGUUCACCAAUUCGUUGUAUUUCAAUCUUGAAACAAUUGAAAAGGAAAUUUCAACUUUCCCCAUUAUGUUUAGGUCCCUAGUUCUUCACACUUGGGGUCUGAUCUGAAAAGUGUAACCAAUAUGAUGAAUGAAUCAGUCUAAUAUUUUGAGAAUCAGAACCUACUGUCAACUAUUUGAUAUGCUCAGCCAUGUAGUUUUUUCACUCACCUUUGUCCGUUUGUCAUGCUAAUGCAAUGCCCAGAUCCAUGAACACUUUUAAAAGGACUUGUGUUUUCUCGCCUUCUGCUAAGCUUUUUUCUCCUACAUUGUCUCUAGGUACUUCUAAAUCAAGAUGAAGAGAAUACAGAAUCGCAAAACAGCAUUCUUUCUCAGCCAUCCGGUGAGAGAGAAUCGACAAGAAUAAAACCUAACCCAUCACUAAAGAUACAGCCAGUUUUCGUAAACCCUGCGCCUCGGGAAACUCGCAGGGAGAACACAAACAAACGCCUCAGCAGCGGGUUGUGCUUGGAGAUUACUGGGAGAGUACAGCAUGACAACAGUGAAUUUAGUAACUUGGUUGUGGGAUGAUAGGCAAACGGAAAACUAUCGGCAGCACGUACACUUGAAUUACAUACAAUUGCGGCUCUAAGGAGUUCAGCAGGUUUCAAAAUGUAAAAUAUCAAAGCUUGAGAACAUUUGCAGACUGGGCAAACUUUUCAAAUCAUAAAACGUCAAAAAUGUGUUGAACUGAACAAACUUGUCAAAUAUGAUUUUAGGUAGUUUUUUGUGUGGCCAAAUUGCCAAACUAACAACACGGCAAAAUGUACAGCCUUGUUUAGGCAUCAACUCAUUUUACAUUUUCACUCAUUUUACCUCUUAAAUACAGAAUCCAAUGAAAAAAAAAAUAUCAUUCAAACAACUUUCUGAUUUACAUUUUAAAUUUUAACUUGAAACACUUUUUGUUAGUAAUGACCAUUUUAGAAUUACAAAUAAUUCAGUGACAAAUUUAGCAAGAUUUUGUUAUUGAG